AUGACUAUUACACCUGCUGACAUCAAUGUCUCUGCUCAUAAAACAGUGGAGGACAGUGAGAAGAUGUUCAACCAGAUGAUCCAUCUCAUCCAGAAAAGAUGCCAAGCUGUGGAGCAGCAGAUCAGAUCCCAGCAGGAGACUGAAGUGAGUCGAGUCAAAGAGCUUCAGGAGAAGCUGGAGCAGGAGAUCAGAGAUCUGGAGAGGAAAGACGCUGAGCUGAAGCAGCUCUCAGAUACACCAGAUCACAGCCAGUUUCUCCACAACUACCCCUCAGUGUCAGCACUCAGUGAGUCCACACACUCAUCCAGCAUCAACAUCCGUCCUCGGAGACACUUUGAGGACGUGACAGCAGCUGUGAAGGAGCUCAGAGAUCAACUACAGGACAUUCUGAGGGACACACGGACAAACAUCUCACUGGCAAUCACUGAAGUGGAUGUUUCACUGUCAGGACCAGAACCAGAACCAAAGAGCAGAGAUGAGUUCUUAAAAUAUUCAAGAGAAAUCACUCUGGAUCCAAACACAGCACACAGAGAUCUGUUGAUAUUUGAAGGGAACAGACUAGUUAAAUUAAAGCAACAACCGCAAUAUUAUCCUGAUCAUCCAGACAGAUUCACUGAUUGUGCUUUUCAGGUCUUGAGUAAAGAGAGUCUGACUGGACGUUGUUACUGGGAGGUGGAGAGGAGAGAUGGAAGAGUUUAUGUAGCAGUCGCAUACAAGAGUAUCUGCAGAAAAGGAGGCUUCAAGGAAUGUGGAUUUGGACUAAAUGACAAAUCUUGGUCUUUAUGUUGUGGUCGCAGUUAUCAAUUCUCCCACAACAACAUCGAAACUCCGGUCUCUGGUCCUCGGUCCUCCAGAAUCGGAGUCUAUCUGGAUCACAGAGCAGGUAUUCUGUCUUUCUACAGCGUCUCUGAAACCAUGACUCUCCUCCACAGAGUCCAGACCACAUUCACUGAACCCAUACAUGCUGGAGUUCGGCCUAUAGGCUAUCGAGCUUCUGCAGAGUUCCUUAAACUCAAAUAGAGUAACUCCAGUGUCUGAGGGUCGGUUCAUGUUCAGCCCUGAUUUAAGUUCAUGAUCUACAGUUUACUUCUGUAGUUGCAGCAUUAAUUAGUCACAUGAUGAUGGAACUGAUUGAUUCUUAAAAGUUUUAGUCACUUUUAAAUCUGCUUUCAGCUUCUGAAACAUUUCUUGAUUUUAUUUUUCAUAUCUGACAAGAAACUGAAUUUUGUGUCAUUUGGAUUGAAACUGUUGAAUUGUUGAGCUGUGGGGGAUUAAAAUAUUUGUUUGUUUUAGUAUUUUCAGAC